UAUUAAUUCCGCCCAGGUUCCGCCUCUGCGUCCAACCUGACAACACGUAUUUGUAUUUAUUCGUAGAAUGGAUCAGGUUUUUUUUAGAAAUCUCCUCUCGACUUCCUCCCAGAACCCGAGUACCUCAACUUCACGAGGUUCUCUGUCCAUUAAAACUGGUCAUACAAGACAGAAACCCAAUGUUAUCGGCUCAUCCGAAGGUUUCAAGCCACGGAAGGUGAAAAAGGCCGACAAAUACCGGGAUCGAGCUUCCGAGCGUCGGGUAGGAGAUGGGAACGAUUAUGCGCAGGUUGAAGCGGUACUGGAAGAGUUCGAGAAAUCUACAGCUGACCAGGAUAAGCAGACCGUCGAUGCAAAACGUCGAUAUCUGGGAGGAGACGGGGAGCACUCAAUACUCGUCAAAGGACUCGAUCUGGCCCUUCUUGAACAAAACAAGGCAAAAGAGGCAAUGGGACGAGCUGCUGAGGAAGAUGAGCAAUUGGAAAAGGCUUUUAUGGAGGGUGGCAAAGCCACUACAGAAGCACCUGCACCCAGUGGUAAGAAACGUACGCGGGAGGAGAUCAUCCGUGAGUUGAAGGAUAAGAGGGCCAGUGCCGGUUCAACUUCCUCGACGUUACAAGAAGCCGAACUCAACAGGGGAAAAUUCAAACCCAUCGGAUUGGAACCUAUUGGUACUUCUGCUACUGAAGAGAAGGCUAAAAAACGAAAAGUGAAAGGGGACGGCGAGAAGAAGAAGAAGAAACAGAAGGUGACCGAGGAGGACAUAACUGAGAAGGAGAAAGUUAAGGCGGGCAGCGACAUUCAGACUGCACUUGUGGAGAAGCAAACGCUUCGAAUAUCAUCCCAACCGAAACAGCCUGAGCCUGAACCCGAUGACCUCCCCGAUGACUUUGAUAUCUUCGCCGACGCUGGAGAUUAUGAAGGCAUUGAGCUCGGAGACGAUGAUGAAGAUGGCGAAGAAAAGGACAUGACCGAGAAGAAAGUCGAGAUAGACGACUUACUAGUAACGAAUGCCAAACUCGGACCUGGUCGUUGGGUUGUUGACGACCAGGGGGAAGCAAUCAAGCCGGAACCUGCAACUUCUUCCCUAAUACAACCUACUUCUCACGGUGCUUCCACAUCAACACCUCCUCAAGCUCCGAAUGACAAUGAAGAUGGCCAGUUAGAGGAGGAAGAGGAAGAGGUGAUGCGUCUUGUUCCUCUUCAGAGCUCUGCAUUGCCCUCGAUCAAGGAUUUCCUGGCGAUGGAUGAAGCUGCUGAGAAGGGGGAGAAGAAAAAGAAACGGAAGGAAAAGAAGAAGGAAAAGCAAAGUGGGUCUCAGAUGAGCGCCGAGGCCAAAGCCAGCAGAGAUUACCAGAGGCUUAAAUCCUUCACAGACAAGCGCCAAGCCUAGAACUAUUGUUUGUAAUGUGAAAACGGAGUUGUCAUCGUGUCCUGAGUAUAUAAACUGCAUAUCAUUUCAUAGGCUCGUGCUCGUGGCAGAGCAAUGUA